GGGGUAUCUUCCCCCAUUCCCGCUCGCUCACCCAUCCCUUUAGGAGUGGCAAGAUGCACCCGGGUUUCGCCAUCGGCCUAGUGUUCCUGGGCUGCACCAGCAACGUUGUGUUUCUGGAACUGUUGGCCAGGUCGGUUGCUGAGCACAUCAAAAUUCAUGGGCAUUUCAUCCAUGUUGCUGAUGUGACAUAAAGGCACUUGUGUUUUUGCCAUUGUCUGAUGAAUCGUUGGAAGCUAGUAAUUUUGGCAUUGAAGCCUUUCCUCUGAACGAACUUGCCUUCUGUCGCAACACUAGACAUUUUAAUUCCAAAAAGAGAAAACACCAACUACCUGUUACUCUGGAAUUUUUGCUGGACUCAGGGUCUGAUUUGGCCCAGCUAAGUACAUAUAUACGGAGUGCAUUUCCGGUGACGAUGUAACCAUUUUGAUGAUUUUUGAGGACGUAUUCUGAUACAUGCUUCUCAAGAUCAGGCCAGUGGUCCCUUUUCUCAUGGUGCAUUUGGUCUUGGGCAUUUUCAGGGAUUUUCCAGGAUGUGGAAACAUUGUUACGUUUGGUCAGUUCCUGUUCAUAGCAUUGGAAGGUUUAAUCUUUCAAGCUCAUUUUCUCACGAAGCCUCGGGCAAUUCCUUUAAGGAACUAUUUCACCAUGGUCUCCAUGUUUUUCGUCGUGAGCGUGGUCAAUAAUUAUGCUCUCAACUUCAACAUCCCAAUGCCGUUACACAUGAUCUUCAGAUCCGGCUCCCUGAUAGCCAGCAUGGUAUUAGGAAUUAUCAUUUUAAAAAAAAGAUACACAGUUGCGAAAUACAUUUCAAUAGCCCUGGUUUCUUUGGGAAUUUUUAUCUGUACGUUCAUGUCAGCAAAACAAGUGUCUUCACGUACGAGUGCGUCUGAUGAUGAUGGUUAUUAUUUAUUUAUACAGUGGCUGAUAGGUAUUGCUAUGCUGACCUUUGCACUCUUCAUGUCAGCCAGAAUGGGGCUCUUUCAGGAGACAUUAUAUAAGCGGUAUGGGAAACACCCUAAGGAGGCAUUGUUUUAUAAUCAUUUCCUGCCAUUACCAGCCUUCCUCUUAUUCGCCUCUGAUAUUUACAAUCACGGAGUUCUCUUCAGCCAAUCCAAACAGAUGGAGAUUGCACUCCUGGGAGUGACUUUACCAAUCAUGUGGUUUUACUUGGUGAUGAAUGUUCUAACUCAAUAUGUUUGCAUCCGUGGUGUUUUUAUCCUCACGACAGAAUGCACAUCCCUGACGGUCACGCUCGUUGUUACACUUCGCAAGUUCAUCAGCCUAAUCUUCUCCAUUGUUUACUUCAAGAAUCCCUUCACCUUCUGGCACUGGUUUGGGACCUUGGUGGUCUUUAUUGGGACCCUCACUUAUGCCGAAGUUUGGAAAAGGUUCAUGCCACCAUUCCAUAGCAAGAGAAAAGAGCAUUAAUUCUCUGCACAGCAGUGGAACCAGGUUCAGGCAUUGAGCCUUAAUGAUUUCCUUUUAGAAAAAUCAGUGAUUGUCAGGAGGAAUAAAUUUUCAUUCUUUCCUUUGAAAA